GUCAUGUUUGAAGCCGCACAAUGGGCGGAGAUCACUGCUGUUUCCUUCCAAAAAUCAACUGAUGAUCAACCCACGGGAAACGGUUCCCAUGUAACGGGUUUAGAGCGACAUGCCAGGGCUUAGAGUGAUGGACUGGCUGUUUGACAGGAUUUCCCUGCAGAUGGAUUUACACCACCAGUGUUUGAUCUGUCGAUUAUAAUAUCGUUCAAUUAACACGUCAUCCACAAUCCCGCAUUCAUACUUCCAGCAUCGUUUUGCAUCCCACAUCCCUUCAGGAUUGUGUUUUUGGAUUAACAGGAUCUAAAACUCUGUUCUGGCCAGUGUUUGUGUUUUUAUGUGUUGUUCUGAGUCGUGGUCCAUCUUGAAAUCAUGGAGCCCAAUAUGGAGUACAUAGUGGCGCAGGUCACGCAGAAGGAGGUUGGACGACGAUUCCAAGUGGGGCCGGAAAUCAUAGACUACAUCCUGGACAGACAGAAGUCACAUGACUUGGAAAAUGAUCAGAGCAUGCUGGACAGGAUGGUGGACAGUCUGGCAACCUCAUGGGUCAACGCGAGCAAUUUCAAGGUGGCGCUGCUGGGAAUGGACAUAGUGUCUGCUUUAGUGACCAGACUACAGGAUCGCUUCAAAACACAAAUAGGAACAGUUCUGCCCAGUUUAAUUGAUCGUUUAGGCGAUUCUAAGGACCAGGUUCGAGAUCAAGCGCUGUCGCUCCUGUUAAAAAUGAUGGACCAAGCGGCCAAUCCACAGUAUGUUUGGGACCGAAUGCUGGCCGGAUUCAGACAUAAAAACAAUCGGACCAGAGAAGCUGUUUGCUUUUGCCUUAUUUCCACUCUUAAUGUAUACGGAGCUCAGGGUUUAACCCUUAGCAAGAUUGUUCCUCAUAUUUGUCAUCUGUUAGGAGAUCCAACUAGUCAGGUUCGGGACGGUGCGAUGAACUGUCUGGUGGAGAUUUACAGACACGUCGGGGAGAGAGUGAGGAUGGAUCUGGGGAAAAAGGGGCUGCCGCAGUCACGGCUGAAUGUGAUUUUCAGCAGGUUUGAUGAAGUCCAGCGUUCUGGAAACAUGAUCUUGUCCUCAGAUAAGAACAUCGAUGAUGACGAUUCGGUGGAUGGAGGUCGUUCCUCGUCGUCCUCUAAAGGAGCGUCAUCGGUGCGGCGGACGGGAUCCCUGCGCAGGCCGAGCUCCGCGUCCAGCACCAAGAGCUCAGGUAAAGAGAGCUCUGGUGCCGGUGCUGUCGAUGAAGAAGACUUCAUCCGUGCCUUUGAAGAUGUUCCCGCCGUACAGAUUUACUCAGCUCGAGAGCUUGAGGACUCCAUGAACAAGAUCCGAGAAAUUCUCUCCGAUGAAAAACACGAUUGGGAACAGCGAGUGGCUGCACUGAAGAAGGUUCGUUCUCUGCUGUUGGCCGGCGCGAGCGACUACGAUGGCUUUUCGCAGCAGUUACGGCAGCUGGAGGGACCGUUCAAACUCUCGGCCAAAGAUCUGCGCUCGCAGGUGGUGCGCGAGGCCUGUAUCACACUCGGGCACCUGUCAUCUGUGUUGGCCAAUAAAUUUGAUCACGGAGCCGAGAACAUCAUGCCAACGUUACUGAACCUCGUCCCCAACAGCGCUAAAGUUAUGGCCACGUCCGGGAUGGCGGCGAUCCGUCUCAUUAUACGGCACACUCACUACCCACGUCUGAUUCCCAUCAUGACCAGCAACUGCACAUCUAAAUCAGUGGCCGUCAGACGACGCUGUUAUGAGUUUUUAGAUCUUCUGCUUCAAGAGUGGCAGACGAAUUCUCUAGAGAGGCAUGUCGCUGUCCUGAUGGAAACCAUUAAGAAAGGAGUUCACGAUGCCGACUCCGAGGCCAGAUCGGUCGCUAGAAAAUGUUACUGGGGUUUCCACGCCCACUUCAGUAAGGAGGCGGAGCAUCUGUUUCAGGCGCUGGAACUGACCUAUCAGAAAGCGCUCCAGUCUCACCUGAAGAGCUCCGACAGCAUCAUGUCUCUGCCGCAGUCCGACCGCUCGUCCUCCAGCUCUCAGGAGAGCCUCACUCGGCCGCUGUCUGCCAAAACACCUGUCGGGAGCAACUUGAGCAAAACUAAAGUGGUGAGUUCUCGCGCGUCCUCUUCGUCCGGGUCUCUCCAGCGAUCGCGCAGCGAUGUGGACGUUAACGCCGCGGCCAGUGCCAAAUCACGAAUGCCCGCCGUUCCCACUGCCGCCCCCUUCAGCUCAGCCUCAGCGCUGCCGCCCGGUUCCUACGCCUCACUAGGUCGCGUGCGAACAAGACGACAGAGUUCAGAGACUGCGGUUGGGGGCGGAGCUCCUGUGACAGACAGCAGGGGGCGGAGCCGAGCCAAAGCCGUGUCCCAAUCACAACCGGGCAGCCGCUCCAGUUCACCCGGGAAACUCUUGGCUCGUUCUUCCGGGAGAGUCCCUCGAUCGGCCGGAUCCGCAGGAACCCCGUCGGACAAACGCAGUAAGAUCCCGCGCAGUCAAGGCUGCAGUCGAGAGACGAGCCCCAGCCGCGCACGAGACGUGCGGGCCAGUCGUAUCCCGCGGCCCAGCAUGAGUCAGGGCUGUAGUCGUGACACGAGUCGGGAGAGCAGCAGAGACACCAGUCCGGCUCGAGGGUUCAGUCCGCUGGCGUCCCACAGACACUCUCGCUCCACGAGCGCACUGACGUCCGCCGACGUCCUGCAGACAGAUCGUUUCGGUCUCAUCCAUCAGGCUCGUAUCUCGGCGUCUGUAAACGCCAUGCGGAUCUUGAACACGGGCACGGAGGUGGAAGCGGCCGUCGCAGACGCUCUGCUUUUAGGAGACUCCAGAAAAACGCGGCGGCCGAUGCUGCGGCGAUACGAGUCUCCCGGCAUGUACUCGGAUGACGACGCCAACAGCGACGCGUCCAGCGCCUGCUCCGAACGCUCCUUCGGCUCCCGUAACGGCGGCGUCCCGCAUUACCUGCGUCAGACGGAGGACGUGGCCGAGAUCCUGAACCACUGCGCCAGCUCCAACUGGUCCGAGAGGAAAGAGGGGCUGCUGGGACUCCAGAACCUCCUGAAGAGCCAAAGAGUCCUCAGUCGUGUGGAGCUGAAGAGGUUGUGUGAGAUCUUCACCAGGAUGUUUGCAGAUCCUCACAGCAAGGUGUUCAGCAUGUUUCUGGAGACGCUGGUGGACUUCAUCACGUUACACCGAGAGGAUCUUCAGGACUGGCUCUUUAUUCUCCUCACGCAGCUGCUGAAAAAAAUGGGGGCCGAUCUUCUCGGCUCCGUUCAGGCCAAAGUUCAGCGGGCCCUCGACGUCACCAGGGACUCUUUUCCCUACGAUCAGCAGUUCAACAUCCUGAUGCGGUUUAUCGUUGAUCAGACGCAGACCCCAAACCUCAAGGUGAAGGUGGCCAUCCUGAAGUACAUCGAAUCUUUAGCCAGACAGAUGGAUCCGUCAGACUUCGUGAACUCCAGCGAGACGCGUUUAGCCGUCUCUCGAAUCAUCACGUGGACCACAGAACCGAAGAGCUCCGACGUCAGGAAGGCUGCUCAGAUGGUUCUGAUCGCCCUGUUUGAGCUGAACACCCCAGAGUUCACCAUGCUGUUAGGCGCCCUACCCAAAACCUUCCAGGAUGGAGCCACUAAACUCCUGCACAACCAUCUGAAGAACAGCAGUAAUGUGGCUGCAGUGUCUCAGGCAUCUCCCAGCAGCGGCGGCAGUGUGGGACGCACCCCUCCACGACACCCGGUGACCCGCACAAGCCCUCUGACCUCACCCACCAACGGCUCACACGGAGGACUGUCACCCAGUAUGCUGGAGUAUGACACUGAGAACAUGAACUCAGAGGAGAUCUUCAGCUCGUUGAGAGGCGUAACCGAAGCCAUCCAGAGCUUCAGUUUCCGUAGUCAGGAAGACAUACUCGAGCCCAUCAAACGCGAUGGCAAGAAGGAAGAUACGACCAGUGUGGCGUCGUCCGGUGUGGAUCCUCGUCUGUCUGCUGGUGUGAUGGAGGGAGGCCGGACGGCGCUGGACAACAAGACGUCAUUAUUAAACACACCGUCCCCUCGAUCGUUCAGUGGCCCGUGGGCUCGGGAAUACAAUCCAUACAACUACAGCGACUCCAUCAGCACCUACGAGAAAGGAGCGCUUGCUGUGUUUGAUGAUGUGGAGCACAUCCGAGACGGUCGUCCACAGGACGGCGGAGAAAACAAAAUCAUGCAUCCAAAAAGUUUUUCUGCAGGACCCGGGCAGCACCUGGAGAUGGUUGGCGAGCUGCUGAAGGAGCUGUCCAAUCACAGCGACCGUGUGGAGGAGAGGCGGGCCGCUCUGCUGGAGCUGCUGAAGGUGACGCGUGACGACAGUUUGGCCGUGUGGGAGGAGCAUUUCAAAACCAUGCUGCUGCUGCUGCUGGAGACGCUGGGAGACAAAGACCACACCAUCCGAGCGCUGGCGCUGCGUGUCCUGAAGGAGAUCAUGCGCAGUCAACCGGCGCGCUUCAAAAACUAUGCAGAACUCACCAUCAUGAAAACCCUGGAGGCCCAUAAAGACUGUCACAAAGAGGUUGUACGAGCGGCAGAAGAAACGGCGUCCACUCUGGCCGGAUCCAUUCACUCGGAGCAGUGCAUCAAAGUCCUGUGUCCCAUCGUCCAGACGGCCGACUAUCCCAUCAACCUCGCCGCCAUUAAAAUGCAGACCAAAGUAAUCGAGCGCAUUUCCCAGGAUUCCCUGAUUCUGCUCCUGCCCGACAUCAUUCCGGGACUCUUACAGGGCUAUGAUAACACAGAGAGCAGCGUACGCAAGGCCAGUGUGUUUUGUUUGGUGGCCAUUUAUUCUGUCAUCGGUGAAGAUCUGAAGCCUCAUCUACAGCAGCUGACCGGCAGCAAGAUGAAGCUGUUGAAUCUGUACAUCAAGCGAGCUCAAACCACCAACAGCAACAGCAGCAGUUCUUCAGACGUGUCGUCUCACAGCUGAAUCAUUCCUCCGCUCACGCGUCCUCAAACUCUCUCCCAUGAUUUUGCACAUUUGCGAGUAGAUCUUCAGCUGCACGUGUGCAUUUGCUUCAUUAAUUGAACAGGUGCAAACACUUACACGAUUCAAGCGGAGCCCGCUGGGGUCUGCGAUCGGCUGCGUUAGAACAAACAUCUGCUACCAACAUAGUGUGUAUGUGCGUGUGCAGCAGUCGUGCCUCUGUGUGUAAGAGAAACUGUUUUUAUCGCUCUUUUAUUGUUGCCAUGGCGUAUAUCUUCCUCAUAUUCAAAGCACAUGUAACGUUCUCUCCGACCGGCCAAUCAGAAGUCGUUUUACCUCUCAUUAGUGAAUGUAACGCCCAUUUUUACGUCUUUAACGCUGCUGCCUCGAGUUCUCUAGGAUGCUCUUUUAGUAAUGAGAUUCAUUUUUGGGCAUUUAAGAAUAUGCAAGAACAGAGAUUGUAUUUGUACAGUAUUCCUUUUAUUUCCGGCCAACAGGCGAAGAGCUUGUGAUUAUAAGAAGGACGAAUAUUAGCACGAACUUAGUUCGAAAUCUCGCAUUCCUGCACUACAGAAGAAAUUUUAGGCGAACCACGAUUACUUCAACACUAACAUGGAGAUUUAUGAUAAGUGUGUCUCCUUUUGUGAUUUAAGGACCAUAUUGAUGUAUUAGAAUCUUCCUCAGUGUUCAUUCAAAAAUGAUCCAGAACAAAACCGAAUCAUUAAAUGAAAGAUUCACUUACAAAAGCAGAAUUCUAAACCUUUUAGAACGAUGAUUGUACCUAAAAAAUAAUCCAAAUUGGAUUUCUACUAGUCAAAUUGCUGUUUUAACCCAGCUGUUGCGGUUUUAGGAAGGUUUGCGCCUGUUUGUGCCGUUUAAAGUGCUCUGUUUGUCUUUUUGUACCCGGUUUUAAAUCUUGGUGCUUAAAUGAAUCACUCUGUGCUACUGCUGGAUGUUUCACAUCAGAUUUAAUUCAGUUUUAUUUUCUCCAAUUUGAUUUUAAAGGCCUUACAUCAGUUUAUGGAAACAAAGUCACACUAUUCGCUCUUGUUAGGAAUCCCAAAGAACAUUCCACACACACACACAAAAAAAAAUUGUGUUUUUGUGGAGUGAAUCAUUUACAAUCCUUCUAGUAACGAUUCAAAAAAGAUAAUAUAUUUUAAACAUUUCCUAUUUUCGAUUUCUGGACACUGCAUGCAAGCAAUCGAUUCACACUAAUUCAGUCUUUCACUACACAAACGUCACUACUGGUCAUUAUAUGUGAAGCUGAGAGAAUCAAAUAUAAGAUUUGUAAAUACUUUAUAGGGCACUACAUACGGACCUGCUUGAAUCUUUAAUUCAGUUUGAUAAGAGCAACUCAGAUCAGUGACUAGUUAACUGGAUGAAGUUGGUUAACUGAAGAAAGUUUUGCAUAAACGCUUCGCUGACGCCAGUAGAUUGAGACGUAGAGCUUGACAUGCUGCGCAUGCUUAUGUUUAAUAUCCACGUCUGUAUUUAUUUGACACUGCGGCUGUAUAUAUACACCACCUGUUUUUGUUCACGUUCACCUGUGUAGAAUUUGCAAUCUAGAUAAACCAAACCUGAGUUUUCCA